AAAAAAACCCACACAGGAGGAGGCAGGAGCCUAUUUUGCCUCCCAGGCAAUAUUUCUGGAGCCAAUCGGAAUGCGCACCCACCCUGCCCUGCUCCCUAAUUAAAGGCUUUAAGCAGGCGGCCGGGGCCGGAGGUUUGGGCACAGUCUCUCGGUGGCUCCUCGCGAAGCAGCCGCAGCGGCGGAUCCCGCUCGGGGCGCGCUCGGGGCACGCCAGGCCGCGGCAGCCGCCAGGUUGGGGGGUCCCCGGCGCGGGCAGGCAGCUGCCCCCCUCCCCGCCGCCCGCCAUGAGCGGCUCAUUCGAUAAGAAGCUCUCCAGCAUCCUGACGGACCUCUCGGGCUCGCUGAGCUGCCACGCAGCCUCCAAGGACUCUCCCACCCUGCCGGAGUCCUCGGUCACCGACCUGGGCUACUACACGGGCCAGCACGACUACUACCCGGGCCAGCCGUACGGGCAGCCCGUGGGCCACUACCCCUACCCCCAGUUCAACCUCAACGGCAUCGGCGCCGGCGGCACCUACUCGCCCAAAUCCGAGUAUUCCUACAGCCCCUCGUACCGCCAGUACGGGCACUUCAGGGAGCAGCAGCUCCCGGCGCAGGAGGCAGUGUCGGUGAAGGAGGAGCCGGAGCCCGAGGUGCGGAUGGUCAACGGGAAGCCCAAGAAGAUCCGCAAGCCCCGCACCAUCUACUCCAGCUACCAGCUGGCCGCCCUGCAGCGCCGCUUCCAGAAGGCGCAGUACCUGGCGCUGCCCGAGCGCGCCGAGCUGGCCGCGCAGCUGGGGCUCACCCAGACCCAGGUGAAGAUCUGGUUCCAGAACCGGCGCUCCAAGUUCAAGAAGCUCUACAAGAACGGCGAGGUGCCCCUGGAGCACAGCCCCAACAACAGCGACUCCAUGGCCUGCAACUCUCCGCCGUCCCCGGUGUGGGACAGUCCCGGCGCCGCCCGCACGCCGCUGCCGCAGCCGCUGCCCUACAGCUCCUCGCCGGGCUUCCUGGAGGAGCACAACCCCUGGUACCACCCCCAGAGCCUCGGCGGCCCCCACGGACCCCCCCAGGCGCAGGCGGCCCCCCCGAUGCACCACGCGUCCCCCGGGCCCCCCAGCACGGGCGCCGUGUACUGACGGGCACCGAGGGCUCGGAGAGGGCACCGAGGGCUCAGAGACGCUGCUCAGAGACUCCUUGGCCUCCUUUUUUUUUGCCCCCCCGUUCUCCCCGGUUUGGUUUUGUCUCCUGAUUUUUCCUAAGAAAAAAAAAAAACCAAAACAACAACAAAACAACCCGAAAAGAACAACAGCAGCAACAACCCAAAGGAAAGGACACCCCCCGCGCACCCCUAGAAACGCUCGCCCCGCUCACCUCAGGAGCCCCAGGACUGCAAGGGCCGCACGGCCUCCGCUGCCAGCGCAGGGAAAGCUGCAAAAUCCUCCCGUGCUUUUUCAUUCCCCGAGUUUUUCCAUCGCCCCCCGGAGAUCCUCUCCGCACCCCUCGCCGGAGCUUUGCCUGUCGGGGUGACCCCGCGGAGCGCCGGGGCGGAGGAGCCGCGUCACCGCUGUCGCGACAGUGACAGGGGCGCGCCUGUCCCCGGCCAAAGGGGAGAUGCUUGGGCCUGGCUCCGAAAUCGGGGGCGGUUUUGGGGGGGGUCACCGACCCCCCCACGGGAGCAAAGCGGGACCCUCACCCCAGCCGGAAUGACCCGGGACGAUGCUCAGCCCAGA